AUGAAGAUCUUCUCCUUGGCCCUGCUCACCCUGCUGCUGGGGGCUCUCUGGACUGGAAGCCAGGGCAUCUCCUUCCGCAGCUCCUACAGCACCUGCUGCUACAAGGACAUGUUCGUCUGGUGGAAAAUCCCGGCCCUGCACAUCAAGAGCUACCAGGAGACCCCUUCCCACUGCUCCCACAGGGCCGUGCGGGUGGAGCUGUGGAAGGGGAAGAAGGUCUGUGUGGCCCCAGAGCUGGGCUGGUUCCAGCAGUACCGGCAGCAGAAGGACUCAGCUGGCACCUCCACGUGAACCUGCCUUCCACACAAGCUCUAUUUAUUUGCACCCCUCCAUUAUCUGUAUGUCCUUGUCUCAAUAAGUUAUGGAGCCAGACCCUGUCCAACCAACCCAAAGAAACUUCCAAAUAAAUGUUUAUUUUUGUA